AUGUCAACUCAAGAUCAUGUUUCCUGGUCAACUGUGGCUUCUCGCGGUGCCUCCAAGAAAGUCCUGCGUCCACUUCCUGUCUCUGCCGAGACUGAUUCUCAAUUCAAGUUGAAAAGUAACACCCUUUUCCAUCAUCCUGAACUUGAUUACCAGAUUAUGGUACGCCAAGCUGCUUCUAUUGUCAAGCAAGCACUGACGCCUGGUUCUGUUUUGUUUUCGUUCCCCGCUUCACUUUUUAAGCAUCGGACAGAAGCUUAUGAACUCAUUGAAGAUCAAUGUGGUGCUGUCCAGGGAUUUCGUCCUAUUAGCAAUUAUGGUACUCGCUCUGCUGGUGAAUUCAUGGUUGAAGUUAAGUUUGUAAUGCCAACAAGCACUACAAAGGCAAUCACUCACGGUGUUAGUUACAAGAAUUUGUUGUUUAAAGGCUCUCCUUCUGUUCCUAGUGGCAACAAUACACUUGUGCAUGUCCAGAUGACUCUUUUGCGAAUUCCGGACAAGGAUACGUUUCUGGCGGACCUCAAAAGAUCUCUGCGUUAUUACGGUGAAGUGUACCAGGUGAAAGAGUACACUUGCGGUGGGUAUUUUGAAGGUGAGCUGUCGGUUAUCCUUGAUAUCUCGGCUGGCUAUAUAGAUGUUUCUGGUGACAAGGUCAAGAAUGAGCCACUUACAAAUAAUUUGUACUUGGAGGAAUGGGACUGUUUUGCUUCGGCAACAUUUAAAGGUGCA